CCCCUACCCAUAAUAACAAAAAAACAAAACCGAAGACGGUAGAGAAUCCAGCUCAAAUCAUACAUAACGUUCUCUCUCUCUCUCUUCAAUUUUCAAGAUUUUGGGUAAGAAUCACUGUAGUCCGUUCGCCAUUGCUGCCAUUCGAACCCUAAAACUUAAAACCGACGAUCAACCCACAAGGAACAAAUCAUCCCCUUUUGCACGUUUUAAUUACAGUGCUUUAUGGUGAAACAAAUAACAUCGUGAAAAAAGAUGGAAGUUACCAGUAACGAACCAGAAGAAACCCGUGUUCUAACUCCACUGAGAUUCUUACGGGGCGUGUUUUGUUUACUCGUGUUGCUUUCAACUGCAUUCGUGAUAUUAGUCUACUGCGGUUUCAUCACAGCUGUUAUCUUUAGACUUUUUAGCGUACAUUACAGCCGAAAGGCAACCGCCUUUUUCUUCGGCAGCUGGCUGGCGUUGUGGCCUCUUUUAUUCGAGAAAAUAAACAAAACGAAAGUAAUAUUUUCCGGAGAAACCGUUCCUGCAGACGCGAGAGUGUUGAUAAUUGCAAAUCACCGAACGGAGGUUGACUGGAUGUACUUAUGGGAUCUUGCUAUGCGGAAGGGGCGUUUAGGGUAUAUUAAGUAUGUUCUUAAGAGUAGUUUAAUGAAGCUGCCUGUGUUUGGGUGGGCUUUUCAGAUUUUGGAGUUUAUUUCGGUUGAGAGGAAAUGGGAGGUAGAUGAGUCACCGAUGCGUCAUAUGCUUUCGACUUUUAAGAAUCGUAACGAUCCUCUUUGGCUUGCAAUUUUUCCUGAGGGCACUGACUUCACUGAACAGAAGUGCAUUCGUAGCCAGAAAUUUGCUUCUGAACACGGGCUACCUAUCUUACAUAAUGUUCUACUCCCAAAAGCAAAAGGUUUUGCUGCCUGCUUGGAGGAACUAAGAGGCUGCUUGGAUGCAGUUUAUGAUAUAACCAUUGGCUACAAAAACCGUUGCCCGACUUUCUUAGAUAAUGCAUUCGGGGUGGCCCCAUCCGAAGUUCAUAUUCAUGUCCGGCGUGUUGUUGUGACUGACAUCCCAUCUUCUGAAGAAAUGGCCGGUUCGUGGUUAAAUGACACUUUCGCCAAAAAGGACCAGUUACUCUCAGACUUUCACUCAAGUGGUUGUUUCCCUCACCAAGGAACCGAAGGCGAUCUUCCUACAAUACCUUGCCUGGUCAACGCCUUCUGGGUGAUCCUGUUGACCUCCAUGUGUAUGUUGUUAACCUUUUACUCAUCAUUGUGGUUCAAAGCAUACAUAACCUUGGUGUGUAGUUAUCUAGCGUCUGCUACCUAUUUUAAUAUCCGACCAUCCCCUAUUUUCGCGUUGUAAACCUUUGUUUAUGUAUUAAAUUGAGAAAGUGUCUGACUAGGUUGAUAAUAAUGGGGGCAUCUCCUCCAUGAUGAACACCAUAUCUGUAUAUUUUGGUUAGUGAAUGUAGCAGUCAGCAUGAUGUUUAAACAA